AUGGCAGACGCGGGCCAGCGUCCCGAGGCGCGGACGCCGCUCUGCGCCCCGCGCACCAGCCGGCCCUGGACGGCGUCGAGCGAGGCGGCGGGAAAGGAGGACGGGGUGGGAGGCACGGGAGUCCCUGCGCCCGCAGCGCAUCUACGCCCACUCGCACCGAAACAACUCUUGGUCGAAGGUGCGGGCCGCUCGUGGGCGCGGGAACCACGCGGGGCACCGCCCGGGCUCCUGGCGCCGCGUGAGUCCCCCACUGGCUGCUCUGAAAAGCCAUCUUUGCAUUGUUCCCGGUACUGCUCGGCACUCGCUGCAGCCGCCUUCGCCGCCCUCCCGCCCGCCUCCUCCUCCUCCUCCGCGGCGGACUCCGGCAGCUCUCUCGCCCGAGUCCUCGAACUCGAUUCGUCUCGCCCUCGCUGCAGCGGAUCACCGGCGUGCCCCACCAUGUCAGACGCGGCCGUGGACACCAGCUCCGAGAUCACCACCAAGGACUUGAAGGAGAAGAAGGAAGUUGUGGAGGAGGCAGAGAAUGGAAGAGAUGCACCUGCCAAUGGCAAUGCUAAUGAGGAAAAUGGGGAGCAGGAGGCCGACAAUGAGGUAGAUGAAGAAGAGGAAGAAGGUGGGGAGGAAGAGGAGGAGGAGGAAGAAGGUGACGGUGAGGAAGAGGAUGGAGAUGAAGAUGAGGAAGCUGAGGCUCCUACGGGCAAGCGGGUAGCUGAAGACGAUGAGGAUGAUGAUGUUGACACCAAGAAGCAGAAGACUGAUGAGGAUGACUAGACAGCAAAGGAAAAACUAAACUAAGGCCGCCGUGACCUGUUCACCCUCCACUUCCCGUCUCAGAAUUUAAACGUGGUCACCUUCGAGUAGAGGAGCAGGCCCCCGCCCGCCCACAGCGGGCAGUGCCACCCACAGAUGACAUGCGCUCUUCAUCAACCCACCAAAACCACAACAUGAAUUUGCAACAGGGGAGGAAAAAACCAAAACUUCCAAGGCCCUGCUUUUUUUCUUAAAAAUACUUUAAAAGGAAAAUUUGUUUGUAUUUUUUAUUUACAUUUUAUAUUUUUGUACAUAUUGUUAGGGGUCAGCCAUUUUUGAUGAUGACGGGUGACCAGACCAGCCUUCAGAGCGUUCUCUGUCCUACUUCUGACCUUACUUGUGGUGUGACCAUGUUCAUUAUAAUCUCAAAGGAGAAAAAAAACCUUGUAAAAAAAAAACAAAAACGACAACAAAAACACAAUCUUAUUCCGAGCAUUCCAGUAACUUUUUUUGUGUAUGUACCUAGCUGUACUAUAAGUAGUUGGUUUGUAUGAGAUGGUUAAAAAGGCCAAAGAUAAAAGGUUUCUUUUUUUUUUUCUUCCUUUUUUUUUGUCUAUGAAGUUGCUGUUUAUUUUUUUUGGCCUGUUUGAUGUAUGUGUGAAACAAUGUCCAACAAUAAACCGGAAUUUUAUUUUGCUGAGUUGUUCUAA